AUGUCGUCGGUCAAAUUCGACGUCAAGGAGACGGUAGCCAGCGUGACUGGCAAGCAGGACCUUGCGAAUGAGGUCGGCAAUGCAAUCACCAAAGGUGCUGGUGCUGGCGGCUACCUGGCUGCCUACUUGCGCCACCUGCAAACCAACCCUCUUCGCACCAAGAUGAUCACUUCGGGCUCGCUCUCUGGUGCUCAAGAAAUCCUCGCCUCAUGGAUCGCCAAAGACCGCAACAAGAACGGUCACUAUUUCACCUCGCGUGUGCCCAAGAUGGCCCUCUACGGUGCCUUUGUCAGCGCUCCUCUUGGCCACGUUCUCAUCAACAUCCUGCAGAAGGCUUUCGCUGGCAGGACCAGUUUGAAGGCUAAGAUCUUGCAGAUCCUCGCCAGCAACCUGAUCAUCUCUCCUAUCCAGAACACCAUCUACCUCUCCGCCAUGGCCAUCAUCGCUGGCGCCCGUACUUUCCACCAAGUCCGCGCCACCGUUCGUGCUGGCCUCCUCCCCGUCAUGAAGGUCAGCUGGUGCACCUCUCCCCUGGCUCUGGCUUUCGCACAGAAGUUCCUGCCCCAAGAGACAUGGGUGCCCUUCUUCAACAUCAUCAGCUUCAUCAUUGGUACUUACAUCAAUGCUCACACCAAGAAGAAGCGUCUGGCUGCUUUGAGAAAGAAGCACUACGGUGACUCCAGAAGCACUGGUCGUCCUGAGGACGAGAGACGUCCCAACUUCUAG